AUGGUCGAGUUUGUCUCCAUCAACAACGCCCAACUGGCAUAUCGUCUUUCCGGCCCUGAAAAUGCACCGUUGAUAAUUACUCUCCACGGCGGUCGAGGAUUUGGCGACCAUAAAUCUGAUUUCCAAGCCUUUAUGCCAUUAUCCUCACAAUAUCGACUUUUCUCUUUCGACUAUCGAGGUCAUGGACAGAGUUCCCGGACGGAGCCGUAUACGUUCGACCAGAUUGUUGAGGAUAUUGAGGCUAUUCGCCGUCAUUUCACAGACAAGCCAUGUAUUAUUCUAGGAGGUAGUUUUGGCGGCUUUCUCGCACAGCAAUAUGCCAUUAAUUAUCCAUUGCAUGUAUCACACCUCAUUCUACGUGGAACUGCACCAUCAUAUCACCACGAGGAAUCCGCCAUCCAAGUUCUCCAAGGAAGAGCAUCAAGCGCACCGAACCUGUCCAUCAACAUGCUGAAAGAUAAAAUAUUCGGUCGAUUCGAAAGCGACCUUGAAUUCCAGCUUGUCAUGUACGCAGCAGCACCGCUCUACAGCCAGACAUUCGAUGCGGAGAUCGCUCUGAAGCGGAAUCUAGAGACGGUGUUUAAUGCCAAGGCACAUAAUGAUCUAUACUCGGAGAGCGAGAAGUUAUUCGAUUAUCGAGAUAGCCUGGAACGAAUCACUGCGAAGACGUUGGUGAUAGUAGGCGAGAAGGACUGGAUUUGUCCGCCGGAGCAAUCACGAUAUAUUGCUUCAAGAAUUCCUGGUGCGCGUUUAGAGGUGCUGGAGAAUGCCAAUCAUUCUGUUCAUAUUGAACAGAAUCAUGAGGUUAUUGAACUGAUCAGGGCAUAUCUUUCUACAAUUUAG